CCAAAAUCCGCUAAUAUGCAUAAUAAUUAGACAUAAUAGGAAUUAUGCGUAAAUACUAAAACUGUCGGUUAGUAUGCAAAAUAACGGCGUGUAUCAGGAAUUAUCGAUAACUACUAAAAUCGUCAGUAAUUAUGCAAAGUAUCGCCAUAUUUUCAGUAAAUAUUGAUAAUAACUGACACACCAAUAGGAAUUAUGCAUAAUAUCUGCUGUGUAUAUUAGUGAUUAUACAUGUAACCUCACAAAAUACGACUGGUCGUGCCUUGAAGCGUGCGUUGAAGUUUGAGGUUAUGUUUUGAUUGUUUUGUUGUUGGAGUUUCUCAUCGCAAUGACUGCACUACCUAUUGAUAACAUUAAAUUUAAAUUUGUCGAUGAAGUUAAGAAGUUGAAGGGAAGAACAAACUCACGAUUGAACAUUUUAUUCAAGGAAGAAUAUGACGUGCUUUUAUUCGAGGUUAGGGAUGCUUCAUCAAAUAAUGGUCCCAAAACUCCAUUACAGUAUCGUAGACUUAAAAGGUUUGGAAUAGUUGAAGUAGAAUUACAUAUAUAUUAAAUGUUAUGUAGUAUACUUACUCGUAAUAUAUUUCUAUUUUAUCAUUAACUACACAGCAUUUGACGUUACUUAGUUAAUGACGUUACGUGAUAUUAUGCUCAAUCACUAACAUAAGAUAUUGGUAGCUUCAGUAUGUACGCAUAAUUUCUAAUUUGGACAGUGAAUAUGC